AUGCUUGAUCACAAUACCAACACGUCCGUGGCUGCCGGCAAGGCUGGCCUUGGCUUCGGCACCAGCAGCAGCAGCAGCAGCAGCAGCAGCGGCGGCGGCGGCGGCGGCGGCGGCGGCGGCAGCGGUAGUGGUGGCGCCAGCCACAGCAAGGAAAGCACUGGCAGCAGCAUGUACGAUCAGCCAGAGCUUUAUGACGAGGUUUUCGGCUUCCGCAACUUUGAGGCUGAGGUGGCGUUUGUGCGGGCGGCGUACUCGCGCCACUGCAAGGGGCGGCCGCUGGAAACGGCGCUGGAGCUUGGCUGUGGCCCCGCUCGCCACGCGACGCUGCUGGCCAAGUCUGGCGUGCGCGUGUGGGCGCUGGACGCGAGUGCCGCCAUGCUGGACUACGCACGGCGGCUGGCAGGGCAGGCGGGUGCUGAUGUCACCUUUGUCGAGGGCGACAUGGCGGGCUUUGGAAUUGAGGUGCGGGAGCUGCUGCUGCUGCUGCUGCUGCUGCUGCUGCUGCUGCUUGGUUGCAAGGCCGACACCUUUUGCAUGAGCGUGCCAAAGCCGUGCUGGCAGAUGUGGCGGGGCCUGGAGGGGCGCCUCGACCUGGCAAUGUGCCUGCUAGGAACCUUCUCACACAUGACCACCAACGACCAGGCCGCAGCUGCCUUUGCCUCCGUUGCGAAGCACCUGCGCCCGGGGGGCGUGCUGCUGCUGGAGCUGGCGCACCCUGGGGACCUGUUUGACGGCACCCUGAUGAUCGGCGACGAGGGCGGCGAGAUGUGGGAGGCUGACUCGGCCAGCCAGGGCGGCAAGCUGCUCAUAGAGUGGGGCGCCGCCGGCGACGAUUUUAACCCAGCGACCCAGGUGCUGCGCCGCACGGUGUCGGUCUGCUGCAUGGAGGGCGGCGAGCCGGGGGAGCAGCUGCACGAGUGCGUGGUGCCGCAGCGGUCCUUCACGCUGCAGGAGCUCGACCUCCUGGGGCGGCUCUCUGGGUUGAAGCUGGCGGGGGCGUAUGGGGACCUUGACCUGAAGGUGGGCCUCACGCAUGAGGACGCCUACCGCCUCGUGGUGGCCCUGGUCAAGCAGGGCUGA